CUCUGUCUCUCUCUCUGACAACUUCGACACGUUUGUUUCUCUCUCUCUCUGUCUCUCUCUGGAAUUGCAAAGCACAACGUUACGCAUCACGUGGUUUGGGAACUCUUUUUUGUCCGAUACUCCCUAUUAUGGAAUCAUUCACUCCCUCUACCUAUACUCACUUAUUACUAGUCGAGUCACAGAAAAAUAGUGGAGACCAAAUAGCAGAGUACAUGUUGUAGAAAGAGAGAGAGAGAGAGAGAGAAACUAAGAGAGAGAGAAGGAGAAAUUGGUUAGCUGCCGGUGACUAUCUCAGAUUCCGGUGAAAUGGCGGCACAGAACUCGGCGACUGCGGCGGAGCUUCCUCCUGGUUGGAACGUGGAAGUGAGAGUACGGAAGAAUGGCAAAAAAUACAAGUGCUAUACGGAUCCCUCAAAUGGACUCAAAUUCUUUUCGAAGCCAGAGGUGUUUCGCUACCUCAACAGCCUAGAAAUCAACAGUAGUCUUAAAUCCACCGGGAAGCAAAAAGGCAACCACAAUUGCUCUGCAAUAAAUGUUUGUACCUCACUUGUCGUGGUUGGAGGACAACAAUUAGCAGACAGUGGAACAAAUGGACAGAUAAUCACGAAUCAGAGCUCAAAGUUGGUUGAAGAAGUGAAGGAUGAAAAAACCCUUGAAUCCUCCACAGGAGAUUGCAUCCCCGUUUCUGCAAAUACUUCAGAUCAGCGUAGGGAAGGAACUUCAGCGAGCGGUGUUAACCUACCAGAAGCCACGGUUGUGGAGCAACGAGAGGAGAAGAGCGAUCCAGCUACUACUGUACUCAUUUCAGCUCCUGUGGUUGGAACCUUUACAGAAAAGCUACCAGAAAAAGGAGUGGGAAGUCAUGGAAAUAGAAAAUUGCAGCAUGGCAAGAAAAAUACUGACCUGCCCCGCCGGGCUUCAAAACGACUUGCGGGGAUCGACGUGGGUCUCACACCAGAACUAAAAACCAAUAACCGAUUGCGUCGAGUUUCUGCUAGACGGUUGGAUACAGCUGAAGCUAGUAGUGCUGUUCGGGUUGAAACCAAUACUAAGGCAGGUGAGGAGUCAGGAUCGGAUCUCAACUUAGAUUUGUGGACUGAUCCGUGCAUUGACUUUGCAAUUAAAACACUGAUGGGUGCAAUUCCGAUAGGAGAUGAGAAAAAUGCUGACGUGAAGUCUUCUCUGAAACUGCCUACUGGGGAUUUGUGGGGAGACCCGUGCAUUGAAUUUGCAGUGAAGACUCUCACCGGUGCAAAUCCAGUUGUUGGUGAUUUGGAUAUUCAAGGCAAGGAUUGUCCAUGGCAGAUAAUCCGGUAGUGGAGACGUCAUCAGAGCACAACUUUGAAGCAGAGAUAGUGUGCCACGACGGGGUGUUCUUGGACUGUCGAAUAAUUUCGUAGUUUUUGACACUUUGAUCCAUCCCCAUUGUGUUUAUAUCCCAUUGCAGCUAGUUAUUACCUCUCAUCUGGAUGUAAAAUAUUGUUGAAAGAGGAUGGUCUCUGUUGAGUUCUAGUAGUUAUUAUGGCAUUUCAUACCAUCUGGAUUAUUUUGGGUCCCUAAUACAAUUUUUAUUAGGAGACGAGUUUGAGUAAUUUAAAA